AUUACCCGGUUUAUUUUUAAAGACAUUAUUUAUAGAUAUAAAGUUUUUCUGGAGCUAGUUAUAGAUAGAGGACUAGAGAAUAAUAAUACUAUUAUAAAAAAGCUUAUAAUAAUAUACGGAAUCUGUUAUAUUAUUACUUUUGCCUUUAAUUCUCGAGUUAAUAGAAUAAUUAAGAGGAGAUAUAAGCCUGUAAUUACUACUCUAACUAAAGCUACUAAAGGCAGUAUUAAUAAUUAG